UCAUAAUAAAUAUUACAAACACAGCUGUAUUUGAUGAUUCCCACUCAUUCAUUUCAUUUGAUUUAUUUAUUUUAACAUUUAAAGUGUUGUGUGUAUCAGUAGAUGUGCUUACCAAAUAUUUGGCUAUAAAAAUUAGCCUAUAUGCACCGUGUAUAAACAAAACCCAAGGAUAAUACCUAUUUCCUACAUAGAUAUAGGAAAGGAAGUCUUAUCAGACAUAAGAUAAAACACAUUCACUGUUAUAAUGACUAGCACAGAAAGCGAAAUUAGUAGCAACUCUAACGAAAUAGAAGUACAAGGUGAUAAAAUGUUUCCAAGUUUUACCCAGUGCCGGCCUAUAUCACAUCCAACAGACAUUGAGGAAUGCCUCAAAGAUCCUCCCGAGUGGGUGAAUCGAGUCAUGCCACUAAAAAAACGAUCAGGUUAUGUGAUAAAAAAUGUCGUCUCUGACUGUCAUAGGAUCGAAGGACAAAUUCGUGAGCGUACUGAUUGUCGAACUGUGCCUAAAACAUUGGUUUGUCAUGAUUAUAAAGGUGGAUAUCUUGGAGACUCUUAUGUUCCUUUUGAAGGCUCAGAAGAUAAGACCUUAGUGUCUGAUGGCUACCCAUUUUACAAUUGGUCCCAGAUAGACUAUUUUGUGUAUUUUAGUCAUCAUUUUAUUACAAUACCACCUCUAGCAUGGACUAAUACUGGCCAUAAAAAUGGUGUUAAAGUAUUAGGUACAAUUAUCACAGAAAAUUUAGAUGGUGUAAAAAUAUGUGAUGAUAUUAUUUUUGCUAGUGAAGGUGUUAUGAAAGAGUUUGUGUAUCAGUUAACAGAUAUACAGAGGAUUUUUGGUUUUGAUGGCUGGCUGUUAAACAUAGAAAACCCUGUUAAAAACCCCUUCAUUUUAAAACAUUUUGUCAAUUUGUUAACUCAACGUAGCCAUGAACAAAACAGUGAAAGUGUAGUAAUAUGGUAUGAUAGUGUCACUAAGGAUGGCUUACUUAAGUGGCAGGAUCAACUAAAUGAAGAGAAUCGGUGUUACUUUGAUGGCUGUGAUGGCAUUUUUUUAAAUUAUGGAUGGAAUGAGGAAAAAUUAAAAACCAGCCUCAAAAAUGCUGGUACUAGAGCUUUUGAUGUUUUUGUGGGCAUAGAUGUCUUUGGCAGAAACAUGUUUGGUGGUGGACAAUUUACUACAUUUAAAGCAACCCAGGCUGUUAGAAAGUAUAACCUUUCUAUGGCAAUAUUUGCUCCAGGAUGGACCCAUGAAACUAUGGACAAAGAAAGAACUGCUGUAAACUCUUUUAGUACAUUUUUAAAUAGAGAUGACACUUUAUGGGCCAGCUUAUGGCCCUAUCUCUAUACACACCCUAUUAAUGAAUUUUUUCAAACAGAUUUUCAUCUUGGGUUGGAUUCUAAUUAUUAUAACUUGUACAAUCAGAACAGGCAAAUUUCAAAAAUUUUAACACCUCAACAUUGGCAAGACCUUCCAAGUGAACUACCAAUAGCAACUUUUAAUACCAGUGAUUGUCUGAAGAGGGCAUUUUUUGAGUCUAGGAACGUUUGUUUAAUUACAAGUGAAGGUUUACAGGGUGGCAAUGUGCAAUUUAAACAUAGAUUGUUUUCUUGUGAUUUAAAGUUACAGGGAAGAAUAGGGGUGUUUUAUUUAAUAAGACAUAAAGAUGAUUCAGAUUUGGAGGUCCAACUGGUCACUUGUGGCAACAGUGGUUCUAUUAAGACAAUAAAAUUGCUUAGUAGCAAGAAAGAAUUGCUUAGAAAUAAUUCUUCUGUGUUAGAAGUGAAUUAUCUUGACGAUAGCAGUAUUAAGUAUUUGCCAGUUUUUAAUUCAAUGGCCAAAAGACAUUUGAGGAUUUUAAAUAGUUACAGAGGGUCAGUGUCCUUAAGAAUGUUCGAAUUUUAUACUACUUCUUGUGACCUUUUGGACAUUGAAGCGACUUUGGUGUCAGGGUUGUCUGUUUUACUGUUAGAGUUUGGAAUUUUUCAAUUAUAGUCAAUAAUACUAA